AUGCCUCGCGUCAAAGCUAUAACAACUGGUUCAGUUCCAUCCUUUUCCGAUGUGAUCCUCAAUCUUGCUGAAUCGGAGAGCAUGUCGGAUCUCACUUACCAAGAUACUAUACUAGCACAAUUCAAAGCGAGACUAAAAGGACGGCUUGUUAUGUAUGGAGAUGAUACAUGGCUGAAACUGUUUCCUCACAUGUUUGAUAGAGCCGAUGGGACUACCAGUUUCUUCGUAUCGGACUUUGUCGAAGUAGACAACAAUGUGACACGCCAUAUUUCCGAAGAACUCAUGAAUGACGACUGGUCAGCAAUGGUCUUGCAUUAUCUUGGCCUGGACCAUAUUGGUCACAAAGCUGGCCCCAAAAGCUUGCAUAUGAUUCCUAAACAAUAUGAAAUGGACUCCAUUGUAAAAGAAAUAUAUACUGCAAUGGAACAUCAAAAACAUCUCCAAUCAGCAUUGCUUAUUCUAUGUGGCGACCAUGGAAUGAAUGAGGCUGGAAAUCAUGGCGGUUCGUCCGCUGGGGAGACUUCGCCUGCCCUGACAUUCAUUUCUCCCAGGUUAAAAGGAAAGGUGGUCCAUAGCAAUGAUUGCCCUGUGGAAGCAUCCGACGAAUAUCAAUAUUACCGCACUGUUGAACAGUCUGACAUUACGCCAACCUUGGCAGGACUGCUGGGAGUACCCAUUCCUCUCAAUAACCUAGGCGUGUUUAUUCCGGAAAUGCUUUCUAUAUGGGAUUCUGACUCAGAUAGGCUCAAGAUCCUCCUUGAGAAUUCAAGGCAGAUACUUGAAGUCGUCAAAGCGACCUUCCCGGGACAUACGUUCGAUCAAAAAGUGUCGUCGGAAAAAUGCAGAAAUAACAUUCAAUCUGAUAUCGAACAACUCGAGUGUGCUUGGUUCAGCAUACUUGAUCUUUUGCAAAAUGCUGAUACCGUCAGAGACUCGUACUCUGAGAUCGAGUCUGCACUCUUACAAUUCCUGCGUGAAGCUCAGAAGAUCAUGAGUGGCACUGCCAGUAAUUAUAAGAUUCUCAGGCUCUAUCUGGGUUCGUUAACAUCCGGUAUUGCUCUGUUGAUUUCUCUUCUAGCGGCUUACAAGCCCUUGCGAAAUUCUGGGUUUUCCGGAAUGUUCUUGAUGGUCGCUGUGAUUGGUAAUGGCAGCAUGAUGUUCGCAAGUAGCUAUGUGGAAGAGGAACAACAGUUCUGGUAUUGGAUUACAACGGCCUGGACAAUCUAUCUCUACACUAAAUCGGCCCGAAUGAAUCAUGCAUCUAUCGCGGCGGCAUCGACAACCGCUGGCGCACUCACAUUGGCAAUAAUCAACAGAAUUAUAAGACGCUGGAAUCAGACAGGCCAAAAGUUUGCAGGCGAACCCGAUAUAGCUCAAGGCUUCCUCCCUUCUCAGCAGAAGCUGCUAUGGACAUUAAUUCUGCUGGCGUAUCUUGACAUCUGCCGGAAUAUGAUUCGAUUGUCACCAUUCCAUGAUUUCUGUCGGAUGGUGAUGUGGAGCUCGCUAUCUGUCAUAGUAUCAAGCUUGGCUUUUGCCUUUAAACUAGCCUUCACAGCAGCUGAUUCCCCCGAGCUUCUCGAACCGUGGAUGUUGGAUAUCGUAGAGAGGACUUGGGGCGCCCUUUCACUUGUCAUACAAGCAAGAGUUGUUUUUCUCGGAACUUUCUUCCUCGUGGUGAUUUCCUUAUAUACCAAUAUAACAACAACAGGGGUGGUGUCGAAAAAGAAAGUGCCGUACAACAGGCUUUUUCACGAAGCUUUGACAUUGUUUCUUAUUACACAGUCAAAGUCGACCAAUAUUCCGCUAUUCCUGCUUUUCAGGGCACAGACAUCGAUCCUUGCUUCGAUGCGUUUGAGUUGCAUCGAAACCACCGUCACUUCGAUCUUCGCCCAGUAUAUGGCCUUUUUUGCGUUUGGUGGAUCAAACGCCAUUUCUUCGAUAGACCUGUCAAGCGCCUAUAACGGCGUCAGCAGUUACAACGUCUUUCUUGUCGGCCUUCUCACCUUCUUGAGCAAUUGGGCCGGUCCUAUUUGCAUGGCAUGGGCUUUAUUACAUCACAUCGUGGUCAAUGUUUUAGUUGCAAGAGUAUUGAAAAUAUCGUCGAUCACAUUCGUCCUACGUCGUCUUUUCUUCGCGCUCUUCUUUGAGGUGGUUGGUAUGACUUCGUCUGAAACGGUAAAUUCAAGCGAAUUUUCUUGGCUGUCGCUUGCUCUCUGUGACUUGAGAUUUGAAGGAAACUCUGAUUUUUCACCUUCACGGCGAACAGGCUCCCCGAUAUCAACUCGGUUGUCGCUGUGGGUUUCGAUUUUCCUCUCAGCCAAAGAGUUUGAAGGUUCCUUAAAACCUAUCGCCCUUCUUGAUGUUACAGAUAAACAAGCACGCAAGGAGAAACAGCUAGGCAGGAAUAAUAGUGUACCAUGGAAUACACAUCCCGAAUCUGAGAAGAGUCCAUUCCGAAAUUAUAUGGAGAUAUAUUCAUGCGGACAUAUCGACUAUCUAACGAGCGCGACCUGCAGGAAGUACGGAGUAUCAAGAGGCUGCACCUAUUGUGGCUUAGCCUUUGGUGGCAACGAAGGCUAA